AUGGGCAGCUACUUCGAUAGCAUGGCAGCGUGCCUGCCGGACAGCCCGAGCGCGAAUGUUGGUGCCGCUCUCGACGGCGUCGGCCAGGCCCUCGGGGAAGGGGUCGGCCGACACCUGCUGGGGUCGCGCAAGAUCUGGUGCUGGGGCCGGAGACGACCGGUCGACGCGACCUGGGGCAUUCCGUCGGUGAGCGAGAUCAAGGACUCGUUCGUGAGCGCCUUCCGAUGGGCCACGCGCGAAGGAGCCCUGUGCGGCGAGGUCAUGCGCGGUGCGCGCUUCAACCUCGCCGACGUCCCGCUCCACGCCGACGCCAUCCACCGUGACGCCGGCUAG